AUGGGUGUUUGUGAUAUGUCUACCGAUUCUCAAACCUCCAACGAAGCCUCAGAAGUUUCAUUAAAUUUAGAAGAAAAAGAAACUCCUUCAAAAUUUUUAAGAGAAGAUAACCCAAUUCCUCUAAUACCUAAUACAAUUCCGAAAAGGAAACAACAUGCUUUAGAACUGACGUCUCCUGAAAAUCGGGUUAAAAGACGAGUAUUCUCAGAGAAAAAAAAACAAGCUCAAGAUAAAAAAGACAAACGAAAAAAGCCGAGCGAAAAUGAGAAAAAAAUUAGGAGGAAAGCCUGCGUUAAACAAGUUAAAAGAAAACAAAAUGUAUCAAGUUCGUCUUCGUCGGAAACUGAACCACAUUUUAGCUCCUCUGAAGACUUAUCUGAUGACACUGAUGAUUACUGCCUUGAAUGUCGCGAAUACUACUACACCACCAAAUCUAAGGUUGACUGGAUUCAAUGUGAAGCAUGUAGUAAAUGGUUACAUGAAACCUGCACGAACCACACAAACAUGUGUAAUCUUUGUGCCACGAAAAAACGUUAA